AUGUCAAAGAGAAAGUCUAGUGGAAAUAAUAAUACAGAUGUUACUUCUGUAAGCAACAACAACAGUAACCCUGAUGAGAAAGUUGCUGAACAAAACAAUAUACAAUCAAUAAUAACUAAAAAUAAUAAUAAUAAUAAUGGUAAUCAUCAUGUUCAAAAUAAUAAAAAGUUAAAUGGUAGUAGUAAUGGUGUAAAGAUUAUUGAUAAUGAUAAUAAUAGUAGUAUUGAUGAACAAACAACAACAUCGUCAACAACAACUACUGUAGUUGCACCAAAGAAGAAACAAAGAGUUGAAUCUUCUUCUUCUUCAACUACAUAUGAACAAUACAGUAACAGCAUUGACAACUCUAAUACAUCUACCAGUAGCAGUCAUUCAAAUGGUAGUACAACAACUCAUAGACCACCAAAUCCACCACCUACCGACAGACCCGUUCGUGUCUAUGCCGACGGUAUCUACGAUCUCUUCCACUUUGGACAUGCGCGUUCACUCAAACAAGCAAAGUCGUUGUUCCCCAACACUUAUUUGAUUGUCGGUGUCUGUAACGACGAGAUGACUCACCGUUUGAAAGGAAAGACCGUUAUGACCGAUAUUGAACGUGCCGAGUCGCUGCGUCACUGUCGUUGGGUAGACGAGGUCGUCGAGAAUGCACCGUGGAUCGUCACUCAGGAGUUUAUCGAUGAACACCAAAUCGACUUUGUAUCGCACGGUGAAGAUGCCUGUCUCGACAAGGAUGGCAACGAUAUCUACCAGUUCGUCAAGGAUCAAGGUAAAUUCAUGACCAUCAAGCGUACCGAGGGUAUCUCUACAUCCGACAUCAUCCUUCGAAUCGUCAAGGACUACGAUAGCUACGUUAUGCGUAACCUGAAGCGUGGAUACACCGGAAAGGAGAUGAACGUCGGUGUCUUCAAAGAGAAUGCACUCAAGGUCGAAGAGAAAUUCAACCAACUGAGGAGUAAAGUACGUGAUAGCGUCGAUCAAUUCAAAGUUUGGUCCAACGAAAAUCAUAUGAGAGACUUUUUAAUGAGAUUCAGUAAACGUCUACCAAAGAGAAUUACAGCUGGAUCAAAUGUUUCAUCACCUUCACAAGAAACAUAUUUUAGUCCAGAUAAUGAUUUCAUUUUCGAUGAGGAUGAUAUCACCAGUCCAAAGAGUCCAUCAAGCCCAUCAAGCAACCACACUUUAUCACCAUAA